GGGCGCAGCGCGCGCUCCAAGAUGGCGGCGGCGGCGGCGGGGCCCGAGUCCGGCGGGAGCAGCGGCAGCAGCGGCGGCCUCGGCGGAUCCAACACCUUCAAAAAAUCCCUGACUCCUGAGAUGCCAGGAGGAUCCCAAACCAUCCGAAAAGGCCACAGAGGAGUGGAUUCCACAGGAGAAACCACCUACAAAAAGACCACCUCCUCAGCCCUGAAGGGAGCCAUCCAGCUGGGCAUCACUCACACCGUGGGCAGCCUCAGCACCAAGCCCGAGCGCGACGUGCUCAUGCAGGACUUCUACGUGGUGGAGAGCAUCUUCUUCCCCAGUGAGGGCAGUAACCUGACCCCCGCCCACCACUACAACGAUUUCCGCUUCAAGACCUACGCGCCCGUGGCCUUCCGCUACUUCCGGGAGCUCUUCGGGAUCCGCCCCGACGACUACCUGUACUCCCUGUGCAGCGAGCCCCUGAUCGAGCUCUCCAACUCGGGCGCCAGCGGCUCGCUGUUCUACGUCUCCAGCGACGACGAGUUCAUCAUCAAAACCGUGCAGCACAAGGAGGCCGAGUUCCUGCAGAAGCUCCUGCCUGGCUAUUACAUGAACCUGAACCAGAACCCCAGGACCCUGCUGCCCAAGUUCUACGGGCUGUACUGCGUGCAGGCGGGCGGGAAGAACAUCCGCAUCGUGGUGAUGAACAACCUGCUGCCGCGCUGGGUGCGCAUGCACCUCAAGUACGACCUCAAGGGCUCCACCUACAAGCGCCGCGCCUCGCCCAAGGAGCGCGAGAAGGUUUUCCCCACCUUCAAGGACCUGGACUUCAUGCAGGACCUGCCCGACGGGCUCUUCCUGGACUCGGACAUGUACAACGCCCUGUGCAAGACGCUGCAGAGGGAUUGCUUGGUGCUGCAGAGUUUCAAGAUCAUGGACUACAGCCUGCUGGUGGCCAUCCACAACCUGGACCUGGCGCAGCGCGAGCGCGCGGCCGGCACGGCCGGAGGGGACGGCCCCGGGCGGCCGGCGGCACAGAGAGCGCUCUACAGCACGGCCGUGGAGUCCAUCCAGGGGGAGGCACCCAGGGGAGGGACAUUCGAGACUGAGGACCAGAUGGGCGGGAUUCCCGCCCGGAAUUCCCGCGGGGAGCGGCUGCUGCUCUACAUCGGCAUCAUCGACGUGCUGCAGUCCUACAGGUUCGUGAAGAAGCUCGAGCACUCCUGGAAGGCGCUGGUGCACGAUGGGGACACGGUGUCCGUGCACCGGCCCAGUUUCUACGCCGAGCGCUUCCAACGCUUCAUGUGCCACACGGUGUUCCGGAAAAUUCCACUGAAACCUUCCCCGUCCAAGAAGAGCCGGGGCCAGGCCGGGCCCAGGAGGAGCCAGGGGGGGAUCCCAGCCCCAAACCCCGCCCAGGGAUCAGGGGAUGGCAGGGCCCAGCCAGGCCCUGAGGCCGACCUGGAGCAAGGUUCCAGGCCGGAUCUCCUGCCCCGCUCCAUCCCAGACCCCGGCUGUGACUCGGUGCCCACGUCCCUGUCCCUGUCCCUGUCCAGCCCCUCCCUCGGCAGCGCCGGCGCCGCGUCCCCCCCCAGCAGGUCCGUGGGGGUUGAAGUUCACCCAGGGCCCGGAGCAGCUCCUGGAAUUUCCCUGCCCAGUGGAUCCCCCGGCCCUUCCCUGCCCCUGGAGCUGGAGGAGCUGCAGGAGACCGAGAUCAGCUUUUGAAUCGACGCCGUUGGAAUCCCAAAAAUCCUUCGGAAUUUCUUCUUCUCCCACCAAUCCUGGGAGCUGGAAAACCAGGAAUGGCCCCUGGGAAAAUCUGGGAAUGUGGAAAUUCCCUCUGGAAUUCUCGGAGCCGCCGAAUUCCUUGGAAAACCGAGGAUGAAAAUCAGGACAAAAAAGGACCUGAAAUUCCCAGGAAUUCCCGAAUUUUGGGCUAAAAAAAAAAAUGGGAAAGAAUUCCUGGAAAAUUCCCAGCGGGAAUCAGACCCACCCCGACUUUUUUGGGAAUUUUUUGGGGGAAUUUUUGGGGUUUUAUUUUUAUUUUUAUCCUGAUUUUUUUUAUUUUUGUUUUUAAAUUUCCUGCCUAGUUUUUAGUGUUGUGGGAAUUCUUGGGAUUAUUAAUUAUUAGUAAUUAUUAAUUAUUAUUUUUUUAUUCCUAAAUCGGGAUUUGCUCCAUGGAAAAUCCUCUGGAAAACAGGGGGAAAAAAAAGGAGGAAAAAUCAGGGAAAAGUUCCUGGCUCCUCCCUUUUCCCAGCAGGAAUUUUGGGAAGUUGUUCCCAUAAUCAGGAAAAAUUUUCUUGGAAUGUUUUGGGAAUUUUUUUUGAAUUUUCUUGGAAUUUUGGGGAAUUUUUUGGGGAUUUUUUUUUGGAUUUUGUGGAAUUUUUAGGGGAUUUUUUGGGAUCUUCAGAAUCCAAUCCCAUUCUGCGAUUUCCACCUAAAUUUUUUAAGGAUUUCCCUCCAAAAUCCCACUUUUCCAAUCCCCAAAUUCCCCUUUUUUAAAACCUCUUGACAUUCCCACAAAAUUCCUGGAGCGGAUUUUUGGAUGGGAAAAAAAAUUCCAAACCUGGAUCCAUCCCAAAAAAAUUCCCAAAAAUCCCAAAAUUCUGGAGCAACCCCUGGAGCUGGAGCUGAUUUUUGCUCCCUGGUUGUUUUUUUUAUGGAAUAAAACCCAAUUUUUUUCCAAAAUUCCCACUUGGAAAAAUCCCAUUUUUUUAAUGAAAAACCCAAAAUUUUGAGCUUUUUAUGCUGUAAAAAUCAUGGAAUGUAGAGCAGGGAGGGAAUUUUUCCCAAAGCUCUUCCCACUUUUCCCUUUUUCCACAUUUUUUUACAGAAAAGCUGAUUUUUCCCACCCUAAAAUCCCAGAUUUUUCCCCUCUGGAAUUGCCUUAUCCCGGGAAUCCUCAGCUCAGCAAUUCCCACCUGGAUUUUUCCAAGAUUCCCAAAGGGAAUUUGGGGAAAAUUCCAUUGGAUUUUCUCUUUUUUUUCCAGGAAUUUUCCCUUUUUCCCUUGGAAUAUUUGUCUAUAUUAGACAAAUUCCCUCCCAGUCCCAUUUUAUUCCCAUUUUUUAUCGGAUCAGGAGGGGGAAAUGCCCCAAUUUUCCCAUUUUUUCCCCAAUUUUCCCAUUUUUUUCCCAUUUUUCCCCCAAUUUUCCCAGUUUUUCCCCCAUUUUCCUCCAUUUUUUCCCAAUUUUUUCCCAAUUUUCCCAUUUUUUUUGCCCCCCAGAACAGAAUAUUUAUGAAUAUUUAAAUAUUUUUGGGAUAAUUCCCCUUUUUCCUGGGAAUUCUCCUCAUCCAGAGGCUUUUGGGGGGUGGGGUUGGAAUUUUUGGGAUUGGGGUUUUUUGUUUUUUAGGGUUUUUUUUUUGGGAUUUGCCUGUUCCAAAGGUGGAAAUUUGGGAAUUCUGGGGGGAAUUUUCCAGGAGAAAAAGAGAAUUUGGCUCUUCCUGGGCAUGGAGGGACUUUUCUGGGAAUGGGAAUGGAAUUUUCCUGGAUUUGGGAUGGAAUUUAUGGAAUUUUUCAGGAGUUGGGACAGAAUUCAUGGAAUUUUCCUGGACUUGGGACAGAAUUCAUGGAAUUUUCCUGGAUUUGGGAUGGAAUUUUCAUGGACUUGGGACAGAAUCCACAGAAAUUUUGUGGACUGGGAAUGGAUUUUUCCUGGAUUUGGGACAGAAUUCCUGGAAUUUUCAAGCUGCCAUUCCCAGGGAGAAUCUGGUGCCUCUGGAUCAUGGAUGGAGUUCUCCUGGAAUUCCUGGAAUGUUCAUGGGAUUUUUCCUGCAUUUGGGAAUGAAACUCAUGGAAUUUUCUUAGAAUUUUCCUGGAUUUGGGAACGGAAUUCCUGGAAUGUUCAUGGAAUUUUCCUGCAUUUGGAAAUGAAGCUCGUGGAAUUUUCAUGGA